AGGAGCUCGAGCCCCCGCCUCCGGAGCUCUUCAUGGCGUCUCACCAGCAGACCAGGAUUCAAGCCUACCUGGAGAAGAAUAAGAUCGGUCCCCUCUUCGAGGAGUUGAUGACCAAACUGAUAACAGAGACACCUGACCAGCCAAUCCCAUUUCUAAUUGAUCAUCUUCAGUCCAAACAGGGGAACCGCCAUCAGCUUCAGAGAACGUUGUCUGGCUCUGCUGCCCUUUGGGCAGAGAGUGAAACAUCAGAAAAUAAAGGAACAAGAAGAGAUUUUAGAAGUUAUGAUAAGCCUUGGCAGGUAAAUGCAAAAAAGCCCAAAAAGUCGAAGAGCGACCUUGCUGUGUCCAACAUUUCUCCACCAUCGCCGGAGUCCAAGUCAUUGCCAAGGUCAAUAGAGCAUCCUAAAUGGGAUUGGAAGACAAAACCGGAGAACCAUGAUUUUGAUGAACUAAAUCAUAUUCUUCAAGAGAGCAAAAAACUUGGAAAAGCCCUUGAGAAUCUGUCUCGCAGCAUUGCUGUUUCUGAUGAACUUGAGAAGGUAAGAUUGAUAAGCUUAAAAAUGGAACCAAAGACCAAAGGACUAAAACAUCAACAGCAACAACAUAAGAAACUGCUGGCUGCCAUGCUUUCUCAGGACUCCUUUGAUUCUGCUCAAAGCACAGCUCCAUCUGUAACCGAAGAAGAUAUUGACAAUGAAGAUGAUGCAAUGGAACUACUGGAGGAUCUUGAUGAUCUCAGAAUGGAAGGAGUAACAAGUGUGAUGUCUUCUGGGAACAAAUUCAAUCAGACUCGAAGUGCUCAUAUGGCUGAGCCUCAAGCAAAGGUCACAUUGAAUAUCUGUGCAAGAUGUGCCAGAUUGCAAGGGGAUAAUUUGGCAGAAGGACCAGAAGAUGUCUCCAUGGUAUCUCAGGCAUCUGAGCCAGCAGUGUCAGACUCUGAUGCUCAAGUACCCGGAGUUGAAACACUUCCAGAAGCUAUUGAUGAAUUUCAGAGUGCCUCUCAAGUGGCAGGAUCUUCUCAGACAGUUUGGACCUUGGACACUAUGGGUGUCAGACCUGGAGGUUCCCCAAGACAGAAACUCCUAAAAGACUCCUUAGCAGCAAAAGAACUUCAGACCAUGGAAAAACACCUAGCUGACAUUGAGAAGGACCUAGCAUUAUGGGAAGAAGCAAGGCUCUCAAGAAGCCCUGGUGUCCAGCAUCACAGUGUAGUUACAUCUGACAAUCAAAGCAAUCUUCAAGCUUCACAGGGCCAAACCCCAAGGCCUCAGUUGCCAACUCCGACAGGGAAGAACAUUCAGCUCCAAGGAAACAAAUCACCACCACUGCCCACCAACAGCAGAACACAGGUCUCCAGUGUUGCAAACAGUAGACCAUCCACACCUGGUGCAAAAACCAACAGGCCAUCAACUCCAGGGAGCAGACCUGUGACUCCAAAUAGCUUGUUGUCACGGCCUCUUGUCCCUAGCAACCAAGGAAAUAGGGAAAGCAUCAUUAGUAUACAAAGAAGCAGAUCUUUGACAUCUAAGAGCCAAAUCGGGAGGACCCUCAGUGCUGCUUCAGGGCUCUCUGUGCAAGUGAGUGGAGACGUUGUUGGAACUGUCACUACUCAGAGAAACAGUUUAUCAGAAGAUGCAUUCUUACUACAGCUUCAACUUGCUAAUCAACCUUGGAUAUUGCUGAGUGACACAGAAAGUGAAGGAGUGGAAGCUGACCAAGACAAAUCAAAGAAAUGGCCAGUCCUUGGAUUUUCUAUGGGUAACAAUCACAAGAAGAAUCUGCAAAUGAAGCAGGCUUACAUAUAUUUGCACAUCUUUACUCCACCAUAAGACAAGUUUGUUACUUAAAGAUCAAACUGUGACAGAGCUUGAAUAUCUGCUAAAUGAAACACCUCCAAGGAAAACAGUUGUUAAACACUAGGUAUAAAUGGCUCCAAAAAAUCGUAUCAAGUUAAUAAAGGAUAAGAACUGUUCAUAAGAUUUCCUGGGUUUUAUUUCUUGUUAGUUUUGUUAUUGUUGCUGUUGUUGCAGGGAUUUUCAUGGUAUGUACCUUUUUUGUUGAAUAUGAGUACAAUAUCACAUAUAAAGUCCAGGCUUUGUCACCUGACAAAGUCAAAUUUAUUUCAAUUGUAUUUACUUAAUUAGCUGGAGAUAAUGGGAAUAGGUUUUUCCUGCCAAGUUUGUUUAAUCUCCUGAAGAGGGCUUGCAUAUUUAUAUGUUCAAAAGGAGUGAAUAAAUGUGAAGUUGCUGUGCCUGAUUCCCUUCAGUGUUAAAAAAAGGCAAGGUGAAGGUAAAAUACAGACCUUUAUGCAUUCAGCUGUGUAAUUAAAUGUAGUUGUGGUGUUUAUUUCCAGUUUAUAACCCUGAUUCUGUAACUGAAUUUAUGCAAUAGAUCCAGUUACAGCAUUUCAUCUUUUACAAACACAGGAGGGGGCAGGUUGUGUUACAGUCAGCAACAUUUGCAAAACAAUCCAUUUCAAUAUGCAUAUGUAAAUAUUUGCAAAAGCUAAAUUUCCAUUUUGCUUCAGGGAAGUUUUUCAACCUGAACAUAACCAGAAAUUAAAACAUUGCUAUCUCAGCUUAUCUGAUUCAUCACAGUUGCAUAUUAUGUUCAAUGCUUUUUAAAAGAAGGGUUAUUUUUGCAAUCUAUUAUUGGUAUUGAAAAAGAACCAGCAGAAAAAAAACCUUCAAAACACUGAAUAAUUGGAACAAAUAAUAUAACUAAAGAAGCUGUUAUUUACUUCUGAAUAUUUUAGAAAUAAAAAAGAAUUGAGAUCCAUCAACAUACUGAUCCAUCUUGCUUAUUUAACUGUGAAUUUAGCAUAAUGGAGAACUUUUACAAAAUGUGAACACAAUGAAGGAUUAAUUUUCCCUUUUAUCCUAUUUUUGUGUACAUUACAUUUUAGCCCUAAUUUCUGUGUUUUUCUGUUUGAUUUCACAGGUUUGUGAAAUCAGUGGGAUUAUUGAAGAACAGUUUAAUUAAAACAAAAUUAUGAUCAAAACUACACCUGAAAAUUUACUUUAGUUUAUACAUAUUGAUUUUAAUUAAAGUUAUUUUUCUAGUGUCAGCAGUACAUGUAUAGAAGCUCUCUGAUAUGUGGAUGCUGUAAUGCUCUGAAUCAGAGUAUUUACUGUGGUACUGUGGCCUUAGGAAAGAAGGGUAACUGUCACCUUUUAGUUUUUAUAAAGUUACUAUAAUAUUUUGUUUAGUUUAUACCCCAGUUAUUUUGGAUUGCCAUUUGAUAAACUAAACUCUGCCUGACCAAAAUAAACUUUGCCUAAAGAUUUUAUGUAUUUUAACUUGUCUAAGGUUUUCUACUCCUUAUAUUUUUGUAAUGUUUACUCUUUUUUAGAUUAAUAAACAUAAAAUAUUUGCCUGCAUCUGCCAAUAUAUAUGUCCCAUUCAGGUCUCACAGAGAACUAGCUGUUCACUCAUAGUCACCUGCAGAGAGAGGUCAGAAGGGGGAGUGAGUGAAAGGGUGUGGGCGUGUGUGUGAGUAGCAGAAACAGGUGCUGCUCGUGCCGCAUAGCUUUGUAUUGAAUUUAUCCACUUUGAUCUCUAAAACAAAUAAAUACUCUGUUAAAGAAUGGAACAUAACAAUAAGAAACGGCACAUGCAUGCAAAAAUAAAGCACCUAAAGGAAUUUCAUAUAUUAUAAACUGUUGGUUACCCGUAUGGAUUACUGAAACAAAUUUGCUGUUUAAAAUAUCCUAAUUGGUGUGUGUCGUGUGCUUGGAACUUUAGAAGAUGCUUUUUCACAGACAUCAAAUGAAGGGAUGUGGCAGUUGCAUUUACUGAUUUCAUUUACCUAUUAAUUCGGUCAAGAGUGUUCUCAAUUUUCUUUGUCUUCAAUUAUGUAUGCUUGGUUCCUGUAUCUUAGACAGAAUGAUAUGUUGCUUGCAACUGUUAAAAAAUACAGUAUUACAAAG